GAAACAUAACGGUGCCGUUUAGUAUUAGUUUUCGGCCCGAGCCCUCCAGUGAUGGUUUUGAUGGUUGCUUUCCCCAUCCAUGCCAACAUUUCGCGCCAUAUUUCAGAGUUUCAAAAACUUCUCCAAACCCUUGAUGGGUUUAAUGAAUUACACAAAAUAUAGCGUUCCAUCCUACAAAUUAUUACUCCACAAUUACAUAAGAAACCAAAGAUUAGACCUGGCUCGCAAGCUUUUUGAUGAAAUCCCAUCGCCAAAUUCUCAUUUAUAUACUAUAAUGAUUGCUGGUUACACUCAAAACAAUAGACUUAAUGAUGCAUUGGCCCUUUUUGACGACAUGAGCGUUAGAGACAUGGUUUCUUGGAACUCAAUGCUGAAAGGGUGUUUAGAUUGUGGCAAUUUAGCCGUGGCUACAAAGAUGUUCUACAAAAUGCCGGAAAGAAAUGUUGUUUCUUGGACGACUAUGGUUAAUGGGUAUUUGCGGUUUGGACAUGUUGAUGAGGCUGAGGAAUUGUUUUAUGAGAUGCCUGUGAAAGAUGUAGCGGCAUGGAAUUCAAUGAUUUAUGGCUAUUGUUGUAAUGGGAGAGUAGAGGAUGCUUUAAAUUUGUUUGAGGAGAUGCCUUGUAGGAAUGUGAUUUCGUGGACUUCGAUGAUUGGUGGGCUUGAUAGCAAUGGGAUGCAUGAUGAGUCUUUGUUUCUUUUUAAGAAGAUGGUGGGUUUUGGUAUUGUUCCCACAUCGAGCACGUUUGCCUGUGUGUUGGCAGCUUGUGCAAAUGUGUUGGAUGUAUGUUUAGGGGUGCAGGUUCAUGCUUAUGUUGUGAAGAUCGGGUGUUGUUUUGAUGAGUUUAUAAGUGCUUCACUUAUUACACUGUAUGCAAACUGCAAGCAAAUAGAGAAUGCUUACAACAUCUUUGAUGAAAAAUUGCAUAUGAAUGUCGUGGUAUGGACAGCUCUUCUGACAGGGAAUGGUUUGAAUGGCAAGCAUGAAAAAGCAAUGACAAUUUUUUCUGACAUGAUUAAAGGGGGAAUUUUUCCAAAUCAAUCUACUUUCACCAGUGUUUUGAGUUCAUGUUGUAGAGUAGAGGCCAUUGACAGGGGUAGAGAGAUCCACAUGUUAGCGAUAAAGCUAGGUUUAGAGAAUGAUGUUUUUGUGGGAAAUUCUCUUAUUGUCAUGUAUUGUGAAUGUGGAAACGUAAAUGAUGCUGUGGCUGUAUUUAGGAAAAUUGGUAAGAAGAAUAUUGUCUCUUGGAACUCAAUGAUUGUCGGAAGUGCAAAACAUGGAUAUGGUCAGUUGACUUUAACACUUUUUAACCAAAUGAUAUGUGCAGGGGUAGACUCAGAUGAAAUUACAUUCACUGGCUUGCUUUCUGCUUGCAGCCAUUCUGGGAUGUUGCAGAAGGGGAGAUCCUUUUUUGAUUAUAUGAGUAGAUAUAAGUCCAAUAAGAUGAAGCUUCAGCACUAUGCUUGUAUGGUAGACAUCUUGGGCAGAUUUGGGAAAUUAGAAGAAGCAGAGGAGUUAAUUAGGAAUAUGCCUAUGGAACCAAGUUCUACAAUAUGGCUAGCUUUACUUAGUGCUUGUAGGAUGCAUUCCAAUUUAGGAGUGGCUGAAAGAGCUGCAAAGCACAUUCUUAAUUUGGAGCCUCAUUGCAGUGCUGCUUAUGUUUUGUUGUGCAAUAUAUAUGCUUCAGCUGGUAAAUGGAGUGAUGUCUCACGAUUUAGGCUGAAAAUGAAACAAGGGGGUAUUGUUAAACAACCAGGAUGCAGUUGGGUAAACCUAAAGGGAGUGAAGCAUGAGUUUCUUUCUGGAGAUAGGUCACACCCCCUCAGUGAAAAUAUAUAUAAAAAGCUGGACUGGUUGGGAGGAAAGUUAAAGGAAUUUGGCUAUACACCUGACCAAAGGUUUUCUCUGCAUGAUGUUGAGGAUGAACAAAAGGAAGAGAUGUUGUCUUACCACAGUGAAAGGCUUGCUAUUGCAUUUGCAUUGGUAAGUACUGUGGAGUCCAGUACUAUAACAGUGAUAAAAAAUCUUCGUGUAUGUGGUGAUUGCCAUUCUGCCAUUAAGCUUAUGGCAAAGAUCACUGAACGUGAGAUUGUUCUAAGAGACUCUAGCCGUUUUCACCACUUUAGAAAUGGCAUUUGUUCUUGUGGGGAUUAUUGGUAGCAUCUACAAAAGCAUACAAUUUUUGUUGGAACAUAAAGUUCAAUCUGGAAGAAAGAACACAAAAGUUGAAAAAACAGAUAACUGAAUUCAUCUGCUGGGGAAGUGGUUAGAUGAUUUUGAAUCGGUGACAAUUAGAACUGGUUCAGACUUGGAGACUGAUGUGAAGAGAGAAAGUGAACAGAAGUUCAAAUAUCAAACUUGGUAUAUGUUUGAUCUUUUAUCAGCAGAAAGAAUCAAACAAGAAAGGAUUGAAUAGUAAUAUAUAGAAGAAUGAGCAAACGAACCAAAGAUAUUGAUCAACUCAUUGGGGGAGGUGGUUCCAAGCAAGAGAAAAUAAUUAACUAGUCAUCUGAAAAAAAUAUGAUUGAUCGUAGGUUCCAUAAUGAGCAGUGAUAUUCUUUGCUCCUGUUUCAACUGCUGCUCUAUUUCAUCACAGCUUGAGUGAAGCAGUUGUUUUAACCCAUCAACAUUUUUUGACAAAAAUGCUGGCUGUCGUGUCUUUUCUCAUUCUUAUGAUCUGCAUCUCUGCUCUAAAGGCAGUUUGAACCAUACACAAAAUGGUUUUUCGGUUUAGACUGAAGUUCUUGGUAAGUUUUCACUUGUUCAAAGCAACUUGAAGAAGACCAGUUUUCAUCUGAAACAUUCAAUAUAUUUCAUUCAUAAGUUAUCAUUUGAAACCUUAAAUAUUAACAUUCUUAUUUUGAGUUUUUAUUACAUAUAACAUUGUUGUAUUUUCAA